AUGUCGACCACUAAACCUCAAAAACAAACUAAAGGAAAGGGUGUUACUGAUUUAAUUGCUGGUGGUACAGCUGGUUUGUUCGAAGCCUUAUGUUGUCAUCCAUUAGAUACCAUUAAGGUUAGAAUGCAAUUAUACAGAAAGUCGGGUCAAAAACCUCCAGGUUUCAUUAAAACUGGUAUCAAUAUUGUCCAAAAGGAAACAUUUAUGUCGUUGUACAAAGGUUUAGGGGCAGUUGUUAUUGGUAUCGUCCCAAAGAUGGCAUUGAGAUUCUCCUCAUAUGAAUUUUAUAGAUCGUUAUUAUACAGACCAGAUGGGUCCAUUUCUACUGGUAACACAUUCCUUGCUGGUGUUGGUGCAGGUAUCACCGAAGCCGUUAUGGUUGUCAACCCUAUGGAAGUCGUGAAGAUUAGAUUACAAGCCCAACACCACUCUAUGGCUGACCCAUUAGAUGUUCCAAAGUAUAGAAAUGCCCCACACGCUGCUUAUCUUAUUGUCAAGGAAGAAGGUUUCAGUACCUUGUACAGAGGUGUUUCGUUGACUGCUGCUAGACAAGCUACCAACCAAGGUGUUAAUUUCACUGUUUACUCGAAGAUUAAGGAAUACUUGCAAGGUUACCACAAUACCGAAGUUUUGCCAGCAUGGGAAACUUCGUGUAUUGGUUUGAUUUCUGGUGCUUUAGGUCCUUUAUCCAAUGCUCCUUUGGAUACCAUUAAGACCAGAUUGCAAAAGACCACUUACGCUUCGAAUGAAUCAGGUUUGGUUAGAAUCGUUAAAAUCGCUAAUCAAUUGAUCAAGGAAGAAGGUAUUCAUGCCUUAUACAAGGGUAUCACCCCUAGAAUUAUGAGAGUUGCCCCAGGUCAAGCUGUUACAUUUACUGUUUACGAAUACAUGAAGCGUGUUUUAGCAGGCGAAACCCAAAUUCCUGUUCCUGGCGUAAGCUCUAAAAAGAUCGAUUAG